UGGGAACCUCGCUUACCGGCUUUGUGGUUUUCAUCCAUUCUAUUGUUUUUAAUUACAGCUGCCGACUCAGCACUCUACUACUGAUGAUGUUCGUGUCUGAACACUGAUUUCAACUCCUUUCCUUCACCAAACCGAUCAUAUGAACAUAGAAGAAUACAUUGAAGAAGAUGAGGAACCACCUUUACUGCUCAGCUCUCGUCCUUCUCACGGUGUUUGGCUGUGGUGGGACUGCAGCAGUGCAGUGUCGGUGGGGGGAAGGGUGUGUGUGUCUGCAGUGCCCUGCUGGCCAGCAGCCAUCCAAGGCUUGUGGACAGAUCCAGAGUCCAACAGAGGAAGUGGGAUGUCAGCUGUGCCCGACUGGCAGCUUUUCAGACGCACUAGACUCUGAGCUCUGCCGCUCACACACCUCCUGCGAUACCCUUGGCCGUAAGGUUGCUACCCCUGGCACCGCCACCUCAGAUGCUGUGUGUGGGGACUGUCUGCAGGGGUUUCUCUCCACUGCUACAGGGGAAGUUUCCACCCAGAGUCUGUGUGUGAAAGCUGUGCAUGUCAGAAUGGUGCGUACGGUGGGUAAAGGUCCAUCCAGCGGAGCAGGAGGCCCGGUCAACGGUACAGUGGUCCGCAGCGCUGAGGAGAAGACAGCAGAGUAUGCUGUGUUCGCUCUGGUGCCCAUCUUCUGUGUGAUGGGCCUGUUGGGGAUCCUCAUCUGCAACAUCCUGAAGAAGAAGGGAUACCGCUGCUCUGCUGACAAGGAGGGAGGGGACGAAGAAACUGCCACACCACAGAAAGAAGGUAACAAUUGUCCCUACAUAUCUGACGACCUGAAUGAAGACACCAUCAGUGUUCUGGUUCGCCUUAUCACUGAGAAGAAAGAAAAUGCUGCUGCGCUGGAGGAACUGCUGCUAGAGUACGAGAGCAAACAGAUGGCCAUGAGCAAAGGCUCGUCAAUCAAGUUCCCGAUGCUGUCUCCCCUGUCCCCGUUCCGCUCUCUCCCCAGGCUGUGCCCCCAUCAGUCCCACCUCCACACCAUCUCUGGACUCUCCGGUCUGGCCCCCAAACACGGCUACCGCUGCACCCGCUGCGCCCAGAGGAAAUGGCCCGCUGUCCUCAUACCUCCCCUGGACUCCUUCAAAGACCCCCUGAAGCCCCCCCAGAGCCUCAUCCUGCCCUCCCUGGACACGUCCUCAGACCAGCAGAAGAGCCCGCUGCUGGACCGGAUGUUUUUAGACAACCAGUGUUCACAAGCUGUCGUGCCAAAUAGUGUCCAGGAGAAGGUGGAGAGGAGUGACGUGAAGUCGAGGGAGGAGGGAGAGCUGCCGGUUUUGUCUGUGGGGAGGUUUCAAGUCACUCAGAUCCCGGAGCAGAAGCCUGUCCCUGUGGAAACCAAGACAUCAUCCCAGGAGCAGAGAAACUCCCUGUUUGGGGGGAAAUCCUUCUGUUCCUCAUCAUCAUUCAGCAUCAGGAGGUGAAGAGACAGAGAGACGGUGUAUGAUAACGCUACCUCGCUGAAAAUGACCUCGUCAUUCGCCAACAACUUGACCGCUGGCAGGAAGGGUGUUUCACCAAGAAACCACAAGAACCACCUCCUGCUGGGAGAAGUUGUUUCUAUUCACGGUGAUAAGAGGAAUAUAACUGUAUUUAUUGUUAUAUAUAAAACAAUAUUGUACUUUACAGAUGAAUCAGAUGCACCAUCGUAGAAGUUUAACUCAAAUCACAGCUGCUUCACUGUCCCCAAUCCAAAGAAAACGUGGAGCUUUGUGAUGAUAGAUUGUCACACUAAGAGGAAGAAGAAAUAACCUCUUGGCCCCUAUAUUUGUGCUUCCAUGUAAAGAAAAUAGACACGGGAUAAAACAUACACUACUUGUGUACACUGAACACUGUGGAAUACAAAACUGACACAGACAGGCAAAGCUGAAACAGAAGUUAGAUUGAAACAAGCCAAGUUGUCUGAAUUAAAUGCCAUAUGAACUAAAAGGUUUUCAUUCCCAAAAGACUGAGCCAAUCUGGCUUGGCUGAAGUAGAAACCUAUAUGACUUUGGGUCAUAAGACACUUGAUUAAAGACUAUAGUAGCACUACAGAAAGUAUUAUAAAGACACAAUAUUAUAUUUUGUUGUUUUACAAGUUUAGUGAACUCGCCUCUCUUCUUCUGCUCAGGCAGGAUGAGGGGCUGUGUUUAAGUUUUUGACCUUGAAGAUGUUGAAUGUAGUCUUAACAGAAGAUGAACUCACAGUUCAGUGAGAGAAACAUUCACUCAGUGACACACGGGUGCAUCUCAAUAAAUUAGAAUAUCAUAGAAAAGUUUAUUUAUGUCAGUAAUUAAAUUCAAAAAGUUGAAAUAACACAUUAUAUAGAUCCAAUACACACAGAAUGAAACAUUUCAUGUCUUAAUUGAGUUUGCUUGAAAGAGCACAUUAUAUACUAUCCACCGGGUUUAACCCUAGAUUUUAUUCUUCCGUUUCUUCCAUGUUUUUUUCAGUCGACUACUCCUCCCCAAGUUUUGGUCGCACGUACACUAAAAAGGCAUCAAAUCGACUGCCUCGGCCAUGACAAGUGUGCUAUGACUUUUCUAAGGGUUUCGGCAAAUGGUUUUCAAAUUACUCUGCAAAAACACGCCAAAAUACUACCCUAUGGAGAGGCUACAGUGGGUGACAUCAUCACUCGAGUGCAGAGGGAGAGAAAAUUUUGUCAAAAAAUAAAUUUGGAAACUGCGCUCAAGGCCGCAAAUGCCACUUUACAGAAAUAAUUUAUACAUAGAAACGUAGGAAAAUUUUACUUCUCCGCACAGAUGAUCCACCAACACGCACCCACAGCCUCAUAGACUGCUUAAGAAGGAGGGAACAUUUCUUGAGGAAAGCAAAGCUACCAGUUUCUUCUGAUCACUCUAAAAAAACAAUUUCUUCCUUCCAAAUUGUAAUCCAAUAAUGUUUGGGUGAGAGUCACGGGCCAGAGUUAAGCACACUCAAAAUUUCUUCAGAAAUGUUCUAGUUUAUUUAAUUUCUUCUAAAUAUAAUGAUUAUGUCUUACAUUUAUGAAGACCUAAAAUUCAGUGUCUCAAAACAUUUUAAUAUUACAAAAGACCAAUUUUAAAAAGUAUGUUUAAUAUGGAAAUGUUGGCCUCUGAAAAGUAUGUCCAUCUAUAUGACUCAAUACUUGGUUGGGGCUAUUUGACUUGAACUACUGGAAAAGGACUUGUCCUUCAUAUUCUAAUUUAUUGAGAUGCAUCUGUACACCUUCCCACAGUCAGCAUUAUUAACAUUUGCAACUUUUAAGCUCUUAGACUAGGUCCAAGUUGGUGAUCAGGGGCCAAAAUGUGUUCUCAGAAUUGGCCCCCAAUACUGUAUCACUGCAUCCCAAUCAUGGCAGUAGGAGGCUGCGACUGUCAUUUGGGUCCUGGGGUGAGAAAGUUAAAUGGGUCGAUAGAUUUCACUUUUGUAGAAUAGAACAUGUAAAUGAUUGUACAUAUGUAAAUAUGGGUGGGUAUCGAGAAACAGAACUGGCUUUUUUAAUUUUAGCAGAGAUUAUGUAUGAGGUGAAAGACAACUGCACUGCACCAACAAGUCACAUUUGUAAUCCAUCAAUCAGAAACUGGUUAACUCGUUCAAGGAUAUAAGCUGAAUUCUGGUUAAAAUCAGCAUGAUUUGGAUUCAGUAUUUCAGUGUUUUAAUCAUGAACUUUUAAAUCCUGAAGUCCUACACACACAGCCAGACUCCAGUUAUGUAAUCUCCAUAACUGCAAGGAGCCACUCCCACAUGCAAACACACAUAUUUAUUUUUUACAGUUUAAUUAAAUCAACCAACCAGUGGCUGCAGAGGAUUAGUGGUUACGAUGCCUCAAAGUCAUGCAGCUCACUUGGCUUCAGUUCACAUCCUCAUGGCUUUUAAAGAGUGUACUAUAAUAAUAGAGGGGUUUUUAAAUCCACUCAUUUUCAUAUUUUCUUAUGUUGAGAGGAGUACGACAACAUGUCUGGAGGACUGGAGGAUAUUUAAUGGCUGCCGCAGUUACAUGUUUUCAUUUGAUCUGUUUUUAUUACUAUUAUAAGGAUUAUUAUUAUUAAAUGUUUUCAAGCUGAAGUGGUGCUCGUAGGAAGGAAGGUCGGAAGGAAGGAAGGAUAUAAAACAUUCAUCUCAUCAACUUCGUAGAU